GGCGAAACGGAACGAGAUUAUUCUUCAAGCGACCACGGAAGUACGUGGUGCGUGCGGAGCAGAAAAUUGUUUAGUGUUAAGUAAUUUAUUAAGUUCUAAAACAAGAAAAUGAGGGAAAUCGUUCAUAUUCAAGCUGGACAGUGUGGCAACCAGAUUGGUGCUAAGUUCUGGGAGAUCAUCUCGGACGAGCACGGCAUCGACCCCACCGGCGCCUACCAUGGCGACUCUGACCUGCAGCUGGAGCGCAUCAAUGUCUACUACAAUGAGGCCUCCGGCGGCAAGUACGUCCCCAGGGCCAUCCUUGUGGACCUCGAGCCCGGUACCAUGGACUCUGUCCGCUCCGGACCCUUCGGACAAAUCUUCCGUCCGGACAACUUCGUCUUCGGACAGUCCGGUGCCGGUAACAACUGGGCCAAGGGACACUACACAGAGGGCGCCGAGCUCGUGGAUUCGGUGCUAGACGUUGUGCGGAAAGAAGCGGAGUCCUGUGACUGCCUCCAGGGAUUCCAACUCACACACUCGCUCGGCGGCGGCACCGGCUCCGGUAUGGGCACACUCCUCAUUUCUAAGAUCAGAGAAGAAUACCCCGACAGAAUUAUGAACACAUACUCAGUUGUACCCUCCCCCAAAGUGUCAGAUACAGUAGUAGAACCUUAUAAUGCCACACUCUCAGUCCACCAGUUAGUAGAAAACACAGAUGAAACCUAUUGUAUCGACAAUGAGGCUCUGUAUGACAUCUGCUUCCGCACGCUCAAACUCUCCACACCCACGUAUGGCGACCUCAACCAUCUGGUGUCGCUCACCAUGUCCGGCGUGACCACCUGCCUCAGGUUCCCCGGUCAGCUGAAUGCGGAUCUCCGCAAGCUGGCCGUCAACAUGGUACCCUUCCCACGUCUCCACUUCUUCAUGCCCGGCUUCGCGCCCCUCACCUCCCGCGGCAGCCAGCAGUACCGCGCCCUCACCGUGCCAGAACUCACCCAGCAGAUGUUCGACGCCAAGAACAUGAUGGCGGCGUGCGACCCGCGCCACGGCCGCUACCUCACAGUGGCCGCCAUCUUCAGAGGCCGCAUGUCCAUGAAGGAGGUCGACGAGCAGAUGCUCAACAUCCAGAACAAGAACUCGUCGUACUUCGUCGAAUGGAUCCCCAACAACGUGAAGACGGCCGUGUGCGACAUCCCACCCCGCGGUCUCAAGAUGGCCGCUACCUUCAUCGGCAACUCGACGGCCAUCCAGGAGCUGUUCAAGCGCAUCUCGGAGCAGUUCACGGCUAUGUUCAGGCGCAAGGCUUUCUUGCAUUGGUACACCGGCGAGGGUAUGGACGAGAUGGAGUUCACAGAGGCGGAGAGCAACAUGAACGACCUGGUGUCCGAAUACCAACAGUACCAGGAGGCCACCGCCGACGAGGACGCCGAGUUCGACGAGGAGCAAGAGCAGGAGAUCGAGGACAAUUAAAUAUAGUCACAACCUCGAAUGUAUACCUCUUUCUGCUUACCCCGUCACUUAUAUAACCACCUCCGCCCGCAUACCGCGGGAUAUCAGCAUUUCUUGUCGUAGAUUUUCUUUUAAACAAUAGUAUAAUUUUUCCAGUCAGUCGUAACUGACACUAUUACAUUCCCCAGUGGUUUGCUUGCCCGAAGGGAAGCUCUAGGAUGUUUAUCACUAUAAACAGGUCCUCGCAUGAUGUGGACCCUUCGAUAUAAAAUACGCGGUGCUGUGAACACUGGAUGACAGGAUAUUGGAAAAGAUCUUUGUUUUUUAUAAGGCUGAACUUGAUUUUAAUACCUAAGUUUAAUUUUUAUAUUACCAGUGUGAUAGUAAUUGUCUUUUAAACAAAAGACGACGACGUACAAUUUUCGAUGUCUAUCAGAAAUUUUUCAAUAUUAUAUUCCAGCUGGUGAAUAAUAAAAUGACAUGAUUUUA